ACCCCGGAUGUUCUCCAUUGUGUUUACCUGUCAACUGGGAGUUUUCUGGAAAUUGCGUCGGUAUUAACUGCAUAUUACAGGUCUCUGUGGAAGUUCGGUAUACAUUCAGCAAAAUGCUUGGUGGUUCCUUAUUUAGGUCGAUGGAAGAAGAUCCAUUUUUCGCUGGGCACAUGGACCAUAUGAGAAGGAUGGAUUCCCUCUUUGCUGAUCCUUUUGGCAUGAUGGGUCCUCAAUUGCAACCACCAGGCCAGAGACAGCUGGAAGUAUCAAGGAAUCGGGCUCGACCUGGACAUCAUAGGGAUAUGAUGGUCCCUCAUGGCUUUAUGGGUCCUAUGGACAUGUUUGGAGGUAUUGAUGGCAUGUUCAGUAACAUGAGAAAGAAUAUGCAGAUGAUGGGACAACAAUUUAGUAAUGUCCAGAACGAUCCCAACGCCCACAGUUUCAGCCAAACUUCAUUUAUGUCCUACUCCAAUGUACCAGGGCAGGGUCAGCCUAAAAUGUACCAAGCCUCAUCAUCUACACGUGUUGCACCUGGUGGAGUGAGGGAAAUACAAAGAACUAUGAGAGAUUCAGAAAGUGGAGUUGAGAAAAUGGCUAUUGGACACCACAUUAAUGAUAGAGGUCAUGUAAUUGAGCAGUCACGUAACCACAGAACGGGUCAGCAAGAUCGCAACGAGGAUCUCAUCAACCUGGAUGACGAUUCCAAACAUGAAUUCAAUGAGGAAUGGCAAGGAAAGAUGAGGAAACAAAGAUUUGACAGAAACCGUCUUGAUUAUGCGCGAAGAGGAGAGCGCUCAAAUGACCACCGACAGGAAAGAUCAGAACGCCAUGGAGGUGGACGCCAGCUGGCAAUUGAGAGCCCCAGAGAUCAUGCCCAAAGAGACACAAGGAGACCAGAACACCGAUAUCGGGACAGAGAAUAAACCACAUGUGUGAUUGAUGAUAGCAAGAAGAAUGUAGAAUGAGAGCUGAUCCCACCAAGGGAAACUUGUGAUACAGACUGCAGGGAAUGCAGGACUAUCCUGUUUUUCUCACCUUAAUAAAACAUUGCAUGAAUGACAUUUUUCUGGCUAGUAAUAUAUGUUAAAAGUAUACAACGGUCUUGACAAGGAUAGUUUCUAUCCAGUUCAUAAACACUAGUACAAAUUUUCUAAAAACUAUAAACUUAAAAAAAAAUAUUCUUGUACUAUAGUACGUUGUUUUGAUAAUCAGUUUUACUGGUGACGGCAGUUGUUUCCAUUUUCCUAAUUCUUGAUUGCACAACACUAAUUGGUGAUUACUAAUUGAUGAUUGAUUGUAAGAAGUUUUAUAGGGUAACUUUUGUUGUAUAUUUCUCUUGUUGAAAAUGUGUAGUACAGUUUGAAAUUUAUUGCUGUGUAGCAGGAAACUGUUAUCUAAGUUUUGUCCUGUUUCACCUAUUGAACAACAAAAUUUAACAACAUGGCGAUGGAUUUUUUUACUUGCUACUGUAAACAUCAUACAUUUGCAAAAAACGUAUUUUUUACAAGAGACAAAAAAAAAUUCUGGGCCUAGAGUUUCUUGAGAGUUCCCUAGUUUACUGUCAAUGCACUUACUAUAAUAAAGCCUCGAAUCAUAUCCCUAUUCAGUUAUCUAAUGUCGACAAUAAAAAUCCAUGUCAAACAAUAUGUAAACGGAGAAUGAAUUUUAACUAAAUGCACUUGCCAUUCCUAAUAUGAUGCAUAGUUUGUGAAGUUUCUAAAAAAAAAAAAAUCCUUCUCGAUUGGUUAAUUAGCUGUUCAAUUUUUAAACAAAAAAUAGCUGUUUUUUUUAUUUCAAACAAUUGUUGUAACAAUGGAUUGGUGGUGUCCAUCUGUUUGCCUUAGAAAUUAAAAUUUUGCUUGUGAACAUAUUAAUACUAGUUCCUUCCAAAUUUUUGUCAAUCUUGGUUGGAUAUAACAUAUUUAACUAUAUCUUUCAAAUAAAGUCUUGCUUGUUUGAGUAUUUCAUUUCUUGAUUACUUUUAUGAAACCACUGGUGAAUGACCGUUAUGUCUCGGCUCUCUUCAACCAAAACUAGAUACAUAUUGAAAAUACACAAAGGGAGGUAAUUUCAAAUUUGGUAGUGUCCUUUGUUGUCAUUGUUUACUUCCCUUUGUUGUUAUUUAAUAUAAUAAAUAGAACAUUUCAGUGGGAUGCAAAAUGUACUUGGUGUUAUGCAAUCACAAAUCUGAUUUUUUAAGUUAGUGGAGAUUAGUAAAUUAUUAUGUAGAUGUGUUUGUGGUGUCAGCACUAUAACAUAUUUAUGUAUCAAGUGUAUGUUGUAUUUUACUUUUCAUACGUUAUAUUAUUUAAAUUUGUUUUGUUGAAUGUAGAGUGUGAUACAUUGUACUUGAUAAUUAUCCAACAGAUCAUUUCUAUAAAUAUGAUGAUGAUGAUGAGGAGGAGGAGAGGAUGAUAAUCGAUGAGGAGGAGGAGGGAUGAUGAUAAUGAUGAUGAUGAUGUCAUCGUUGUCUACAGAACAUGAUUUAAUAUUUACCAGAGUGAUAAAUCUAUGAUGAUGAUGAUGAUGUCAUCGUUGUCUACAGAACGUAUUUUAGUAUUUACCAGAAUGAUAAAUCUAUGAUGAUGAUGAUGAUGAUGAUAAUAAUGUCGUUGUCUACAGAAUGUAUUUUAGUAUUUACCAGAGUGAUAAAUCUAUCCAAUUGCUGUUAGAUUUAAGUACAUGUCCACGUACCUGAAAAUCCUGUGUGACACUGCGACUCUAAAUUCACUCCAACAUUUGUAAAUAUUAAGUGCAGUACUGUCAAUAUGCUUAGGUGGUCAGUAAAUCUAAUUCGUCAUAGAUCCACAAACUCAUUGUAAUAUUUAGUUAUGUUUGAUUUAAGAUUUCGUCUAUUUCCAUUUAAAGCUAUUUUUAACCAGUGUAAGAUCUGAAAACUUAUGGAAAUUAAUAGUGAAAUGACUAAACAUUAUAUAUAAAUAUACGUACACAUUGUAUUAAUGUUUUCAAGCUUAAUUUAUGGCUUUCUGGCCACGGUUUAUUAUAUUCAAGCAACUUUUGUUGCUAACUUUUGAGUGCCAUUUUCACAUACAGCUCUUUAGACGCUGAUUAUCAUUAACUACAAUAUUACCUCACAAUGUGUUGGGUCUGAUAGAAAAGCUGUACUGACUAACGCAUUAUCUCCAGUUUUGACUCAACAAUUUCAUCUUUAUAUAAAUUGAAAAUUUAGCAAAUUGAAUUUUAGCAGUCAUAAAGUGUUAGUGAAUAUCAUUUUCUUCGGGUUUAGUAUGUAAAUAAAUAUGAAUUGUAUUUAACGUUAACAACAAACCAAUAUUAGAUGUAAAUUCAUAAUUCCAUAGCCUUGUCCUUGAGGCAGGCAUUGGGACAUACAUUUCAAUGUUCAGUGUUGUAAACAAAAAUGGGGGAAUAUUCUAAUAGAACUACUGUCCAGGUAGGUUUAUUUUUUUUCCAUAUGUGAGUUGCUGGUUAACUUAAUGUUCAAGGUAAGUUUAAAUAAAUCCGGUUAGACAGAUAUUGUGUAGAUUGACCCAUUCUGUUAGCUUGUGAGUUAUUGUAUUUGUUGUAGAUGUAAUUCAGUCAAUGUUUUCUUGAUCUCUUGUCAGACAUUUAUAACCAUGGUAUCGGUUACUAGAUAGCAUGUAUUCCUUACCAUUGAUUGGUUACAGGAAGGUUGCCAUAGGAUUCGUUAGUCAGUAUAUCUUGUUCUUUUUAGUCUCGGAUAUCAUUACUACAUGCUGUGUGGCAGGAUGUUGAUAAUUCUUACUUUAAAUGUGUACGAUGAUGUUCAUAGCAAAAUCAUCAAAAAAUUCCUACAUUAGAAAUUUUGAAUUGGCAUUUCACUUGAGUCUGAUUAAUUGUAGCAAAACACAGGAUGGUAUAUCUUUAUAUGUAACUUACAGUAUGAACUUAUAUUUUCUGUGCUCUAAGCUAUUAGCCCAUACCUUGUAGUAAGUCCACCUAAGUAUGUUGCAGUUGAUGUUGAAGUGGCAAAAAAAAAAAAUUUAGUUCCAAAUCAUGACUUCAUUGAAGUAUUAUUACAUUUACAUAGUAAAACCGUAUCAGGUUUAUUUGCAUGUGACUAGUGGUUGGAGAACACACUUAUGAAGACACACUCCUAUUUGUUCAGGUACACCAAAAAUAUUCUUCAUAUGUUCAGCUUGCCUGUUCAGAGAACAGACAAAAUAGGAUAAUUAUACUCUGAUGUGAGCGUACAACAAACAAACUGGUGUCAAUCAUGUGAAGACUUGCCAUUAUUAUACAAUGUAUACUACUAAUAUAAAGGGAGAACGUCUUACACAGAUGUUCAUUUGGGGUCUAACUUCAAUGUAAAGUAAAGCAAAUCUCAUUGUUGUUUAUAAUCUGAACAAUUAAAUUUAUUGGGGAGAAUUUUUUUGUAAUUACAAUAAAGUUAGAAUACCAUGAUAUCAUAUUCUUAAUAUACAAAUUAAUAUAAAACCAAUUUUAAAUAUUGCAUAGAAUCAUUUUAGAACAAGAUAUCACCGUGGUAUAUCCCGGUGUUUAUAAUCAAUCGGGUACAUUAGAUCACACAGUGUAUUAUUUUUGUGAUUUUGUAUUGAUUUUGCAAAUGAUAUACAUUCCGUAGAUACUUCUGUAUUGUAAGUUGCAAAUAUUUGCAAUGAAAGCUGUGAAAGAUCAGAUAAUUCAAUCUCUAAAAGUAGUCACGGGUCCUCAGUCGUGUAACAGUGUGGUUUUAAAAUCUUGGUAGUCAUAUAUCUCAAAUGUUUUGACAAAUCAUGAAGAUAUAUUUUAUCUUCACUAUGUCUUGUAUAUCUAGAUUAUCAUAUGUAUAAAUACUAUUGAAUUGUGGAAUUUAAAUUUAAUUUUAUAUUAAUAUGAAAGUACAGAAAUUGGAAAAUUCCAAAUUUCUUUUGAGGUCACUAAAUAUAUUUAAUACAGAAAUUGGAAAAUUCAAAAUUUCUUUUGGGGUCACUAAAUAUAUUUAAUGCUCUUAACUUGGCAGGUUUAAGUCAUGCAGAAACAAAAUACACUGUCAAAUUGUUGUAAUUUUCAACAAAUGAAUGUUGUGACUGAAGUAAUUCUGUUUAUGACAAAUAUAUGUAGAAAUCUGAUCAAUAAUAUCAUUUACCCAAAACUGAAAACAUAAGACAUAUGAGUCAUGGUAUUAUAGCUGUUUGACUAUAGUGUAUUAAUAUUUGGUACUAUUGAUGAAGGAAUGUUGUUUAGUUUGGACAUAAAGGUUGAGUUUUUCUUACACUACCCUGAUAUGAUAACUAGAUGUGAUAUUGUAUAUAGUGGUUUGUAUCAAUAAACACUCCUUUGUAUUCCA